AUGUUACCUCUCGAGGGUCGCAGCCAGACGAUCUUCAUCGUCACUACUAUCUUCUUGGGCAUCUCAUUUAUUGCGGUUUGCCUGCGAUGCUUUGUCCGCCUCAGAAUCGUCAAGGCCUUUGGCUGGGAUGAUGCGCUGAUGGUCUUUGCAAUGGUCUUGAACACUCUGUUCGCGCUUUGCGGUAUCACUGGUGCGUUAUAUGGAAUCGGCCAGAAAACAGAGGUACUUGGGCCUGAGCCGAUAGGCCGAGGCACGAUGGAAACUGCCAUGUUUUGGUGGUGGCUCGGUCAAACCACAUACGUCUGGGUCGUCGCAAUCGCAAAGAUAUCGAUCGCCGUUGCGCUUCUCCGUCUCACUGUCGCUAAAACGCAUACCGCUAUCUUAUGGGUCGUCAUCGGCGUGACCACCGUUAUUGGUCUCGUCUUCUUCUUCAUGUUGACCCUGCAGUGCACGCCUGUUUCGUUCUUUUGGCAGCGAGUACGAGUAUUAACUGAGAAGAACAGCGAUAUUACCGGCCAUUGCAUGAACCUCGAUAGUAUCAUCAACAUUGCCUACGUGUACAGUGUCACCGCCACAUUGUGCGAUAUGACUCUUGGACUCUUGCCAGUGUUCCUCGUAUGGAAUCUGCAAAUGAACGUACGGACCAAGGCCGCGCUGGCUGGGAUUUUGGGCAUGGGUUGCGUUGCCAGUGCAGCCGUCAUUGUCCGUAUUCCAUUCUUGCAUGACUACAAGGACCCUGAUUUCUUAUAUGCCACCGCCCAGAUUUCCAUCUGGUCUAAUGUCGAGGCUAGCCUUGGCAUUGCUGCCGGUAGUCUCGUCACUCUCCGACCACUCUUCCGCUGGUUUCGCGACUCCAGCUACGGUAGCAGCGCUCGCAAAAGCAAGCGGACUGGAGGCAGCCUACCGCUAUCCAGUAUAAACCCUGGACGGUCGGCGGACCCCUCUGGGCCGCAGUAUUGGCGCCCGGAUUUAGAUCCGGAAGACACUCAGGCGGUUAUUACCACCAUUCAUACCUCGAAUCAUGGAAGUCGCACGAGUAGCCAGGAAGAUCUGAACCCCAAGCAACACAACGGGACCUUCUUUUCUGGUGUGAACGUGCAGAAGACCUUCUUUGUUUCUGAGGAUGGGUCCCAGUGA